AUAUUGAGUCUGAUAGACCUGGGUUAGGGUUUUAACGCAAUCCCUCGCCACCCUCGUUUACUAUAUCUUGUUUCUUUGCAGAGAAGUAGUUAGGCAUAACAGACAGUGAGAUGGGAACAAAGGCAAAGAAAGCUAUGAAGAAGAACAUGAAAAAGGCUUCCUCUAACAAGCCAUCUGAGGGUGCUGAUUUUUUGCCCUUGGAAGGUGGUCCUGCUCGCAAGCUCGCCGAACAGAAGCCGCCGGAGAAUACCUCCACGGUAUUGUACGUAUCCAGGAUUCCGCAUGGAUUCUAUGAGAAGGAGAUGGAAGGUUAUUUUGGUCAAUUUGGAACCAUCAAAAGGUUGAGAAUCGCGAGAAAUAAAAAGACAGGAAAAUCAAGACAUUUUGGGUACAUAGAAUUUGAAUCUCCUGAGGUUGCGAAAAUUGUAGCUGAUACUAUGCACAAUUAUCUCCUUUUCGAGCACCUUCUCCAAGUUCAUGUUGUACCUCCGGAGAAUGUUCAUUCAAGAUUAUGGAGAGGAUUCAGUUAUCGUCACAAGCCAUUGGAUUAUGUCCAAAUUGAACGGAAGCGUCAUGACAAGGAAAGAACCUUAGACGAGCACAAAAAAUUGGUGGAGAGGAUUCUAAAACAUGACCAAAAACGACGGAAAAGGAUAGAGGCUGCUGGCAUUGAUUACGAAAGCCCUGAGAUUAUGGGUAACAUCCAGCCUGCUCCAAAGAAAAUAAAGUUUGAUGACUGAGUUGGUAACCUGGAACACAGGAGUCUGCUGGUUUAGGAUUUUUAGUUUUAAUAUUUUCGCAGUUUUGGAACUUAGUUCUGAAACCUUGUAUCCGUCAAAUGUUUACAGGAAGCAUGAUCCAUUUUAUAUAUUCAUAAACUUUUUAAGCAGUUGAUCA